UAUGAUUCACGAGCGAGUUGGCUAUGGUUAUUCCUGCUAGGUUAGACCAAGGUUAUGAUAAAAUCUUUGUGCGAAUGCCAAAGUAAAAAAAAAGGAUUAGAUUCAAGGCACAACAAUAUUCGCAUAGACAGGGAAAAAUGGCGUGUGUACUUCCGCUUUUCCUUUUUGCUACAGAGGAAGCGGACACAAUGUCACCUCCUCAGCGGCAGAGCAUCGGCUCAUCAGUGAUCAUCGUUGCGCAGUGUGCGGUCAACCUUUGGAUUUGGUCUGUCUGGACCUGGAGGUAAGGACCCAUUUUGUUCGCAUCAGGUGUAUGGUCAGCAAGGAAGCGCAGGCUAGAUGUUGUAUUUUGCGAUUUUCAUCUCUUCGUAGAACUGUAAGGUAGACACUAUUAAAAAAUUACUUAUGUACGUUCCAGGGCUCAGGGCUGAAGGCCCCCCCCCGAUCUAACUUUUUGAGGGGGGGGCCUCCCAGCCCCGGACCCUCUUUUCGAGGGGCUGCCGGGCGGGAAGGCCUCAAAGCACCCACUUCGGACCCCUUCCCGCUCGUUGCAUGUACCCUACAGACCUGGCAAAGGUGGCAAAGGCUGGGCCCUCUUGUCGUGUUGCCUGUGCCCUACAGACCUGGCAAAGAUGGCAAGGCUGGCGCCCUCUGGCGUGUUGCAGGUACCCGACAGAGCUGGCAGAGGAGGCAAGGCGGGACCCACCCCCUUGGCGUGCUGCAUGUACCCAACAGACCUGGCAAAGGUGGACCCCUCUGGCGUGGUCCACCGAAGAUCCAUCCCCACAGGGGGGGGCCUCCCUCCCUGGUACAUAUAUAAGUAAGUUGUACGCUAAAUGAUCAUAGAGACGCGAUCUCUAGUAUGCAGUACCACCUUCAGCCCCAUCUCAGGUUUUCGAUGGCAACGUCAUUUCGAGGACGGGGGUCUACAUCACUGCUCGGAGAAUUCGACGCAUACGGGUAUUCAUUGGACACUAUGAAGGCAGUCGGCUUGGUCAAGCUCUCAUGCGCGACGUUGCUUUUAUGAAAUUUUGUUGGUGAAGUUGCUUCACUAAAAUGAUGUCCGAAAGCUAAGUAAUGCCUUAUUCAUCUUUAUUUAUAUAGCGACUUCGUAACAGAACCACCUGCGCAUGUACCAGCGGCAACGUGUAGGCUUUUGCUCUAAUCCAUGCAGUGGCAAUGAUGCUUCCAGAGAUUCCUUACUUGGUGUAUGUGAGCAGCGGUGGUCUCCUAGUGCUGAUGCUUGUUGCUAUCGUCAGCCAUAUUCGAGUGGGUGAUCCGUGGACGCGAAACAUUCCGGCGGUUUGCAUGGCACUACUCAGUCUAUUAACGCUCAUGGGUAGUGCAGCAGGGUGCGUGACUGAAGCGCCUGAUUCGAGUGCGUUUGACCUACCACCAGUGUUUGGGGCACUGGCAGGCGAACACGGCCGCCUACUAGUGGGUGUAUUCAUUCUCGUGUGCGACUUUCUAAUGUGGUACCAAGCGAAAAAUUCAGGCACAUACAAGCAGGUGCCUGCCUCCCCGGACAACCCCUUCUUCGCGCUAGUGGAGGGAAAGUGACCUACUGAUAAUUUUCGGCAGGGGACUAGCAAAGGAGUACAGAAUUGCUUUGAGUUGCUCAUGUUGAGGUUCAAUCUAAUCUGAAUGUGUAGUUUUUCUCGUCGCAGUGAAGAUGCGCUUACCAUCCGUCUUUAGGGUUCACAUGGUUACUUUAUGCAGCAGAGGUGAGUAGAAGCUCUACUGCCAUCUAACUACCUAACCCAUACUACGCUCGCUACGCAGCCUUCAGUGGGAGCUUCUUCUCUUAGCUCACCUGGAAGAAGGUGCCUCGUUUUAGAAGGUUUUGCGCCUCUCCUUAGCGUAAAUUUGUCCUGCUUCUCAGUGACAGCCAAGAUAUUUUUGGAUUGAAGCCCCCAAAGCAACCUGAGCCUGAUCCUUGUAAGCAGAUGGAUCCUGUAUUGACUGUCUGGAUGGAUCACGACCGACAAAGCCAUAACGCGCCAUUCUAUUCGUGGUCUGUCUCUACGGAGCUCCACUACCUGUUUAUGAGCAUCCUCAUCUUGCGUCGUUGGCCACUUCAGCCCUGGACACCCUUUUUAAUUUUUCUGUGAAGUAAGAGGUCAAGAGAACACUUUCAGCCGGUGCCUUUGACUCACUGCGAGAAACCCACAUGAAAGAUAUGAGUUACGCAUGAACUGAGACUAGAAAAAAAAACGGAAAGAAUUAAGUCAGAGGUCCUUUUGCGCACGAGCCUCUCCUGUGUGGGCAUAUUCGCGGUGUUGUGUUUCC